AUGUUUUCCCGACACCCCCCUACAGGGCCGCCGAGGCUGGAGCUGCGCCUGACACAGCUGCGGUCGCCCACUCUUGCCUUCCAGCUUUACAUCUUGAGGCGGUAUUUCGACUGGAGGGAGGGCAUAACAACGGGCAGAUGGACGAGUGAAAAUUGCCUAAAAGGGCAAUUGUUCAAGAUCCCAGACAGCAGGAAAUGGAGCAAUUGA